AUGCUUUCUAUUCAAGUCCUGCCGCCGUCUCAGCCGCUGACAGUCCCAUGGCUAUCAAAAAAGGAAUAUUUCGUGUAUGAUAUCAUUGAAAUUUUCGCUUUUUCGUACUGCGAUAGGCAUCUGGCUUCUGGGGAAGGAGUGCUGUUGUUUUAUUACGUUUCGAUUGUGUCUACACGUGAUAUAGUUCCAAGAUGGAGAGAUUUGACGUUCGGGACUGAUAAAGUUAGUGUUAUUUUGGACGUUAACGAGAUGGUGAGUAAUGAGACUCGCCAUUGUGGUCUGAACAAUGGUUGCAUCGAACAGCCAUUGUUAUUGUUGAAAAUGAUCGCGUCUUGUUACUUGCUGUUCAAACUUUAA